AUGACGUGCUCAUGUACGGCGAUCAAGCAGCGCGCUCUGCUGGCGAUCAUUUCAUGUAUAUCGGUGAUUGUUGGCUACUUUAUUUGGUUCAAGGCCGUGUCUGAACAGCCCAAGCCCCAGCUGAAUGAGUUUGGCCGAUUGAACUUGGCACAGGCUCGCAAGGCGUUUGGAUUCCCAGACCGUAGCUUGUUGAUGUGCCAGGGGCCAAAGUGCUUGCGAUUUGAGCGCUUUCUAAUGACGCUCGUAUUCGUGUUCAAGGACAUGGUGGAUGGCGAUGCAGGUCGUGGCGGUUUCAUGCUCGUGCUUUCUAUGUUGCUACCAAUUGUGCUAUUUAUGUGUGUUCAGGCUGUGAAACCGGAGACGCACAUUUUGCAGCGUGGCUUCAUUGUCACACUUGUUAUGAUGCUAGGCCAGGGAAUUUGCAUUGGUGCGUCGGUGCCACUUGUGUAUGUUCCCCUGUUUGCACUUGUGCGUGGUUUGACUUUGCACAAGACGUAUCCGGAGCGGCCGUUCGGACGUUAUGCGCCCUCUGUGAUUACACCGCUCGUGUCGAGUAUAACGAUUCUGUCAUUGAUCACCGUGUUCUUCCCACGCGACCACUGGAUGUGGCCCCAUGUAAAUGUGGUGUUCCAGUUCUCCCCUAUGUUACUCCUAGGAUUGUCGCUUUAUUUGGUCGUUAUUGGCCGCCAAAAGUCUGUGACGACAACCAAGAUCUCAGAGAUGUAUGAAAAUAACCUCAUUUUCUCGAUGCUCAUGUACUGGGUGGGCCUAUACCUAUUAAAGCCCACGAUCGGCCGGGUCUUCCGCGGCGAGGACACAGGCCUUACAGAUGGUCAGAAACUCAUUCUCUGGGACUCUAUCGGCUUGCUCCUUACAAUGAUCUUGCUUGUCGCUCUUGAUGCCGUUGCCGACUACCAGCUUAAGUUCGAGCAGACUCGCGCGUUGCACAAUGGUUCGCUGAAGAAGUGGAUUGUCGGCACUAUUCGCAGCAUCUUUAUGGGUCUUCUCUUCGGUCCAGGUGCUGUGUUGGACCUGUACUAUGCGGGUCGCGAGGAUGUCGUCACUCCGGUGCACUCCUUCAUUCCACAGGACAUUGACAAGAAGAAGAAACGUACGUAG